GUUGACUUACUGUGUCUGUCAAAUUUUAAUAACAGAUGUUACUUUGGGCCGGUGUGGUUUGAAAAUAUCGACUAAAAUAAAUUUUGUAGAUAAUCAUAAUGGAUGAAAUAGAAUAUAAGUUAAACACCAACAACAGCGUCCUUAUAGUCAACGCUAUAGAUAAGUUGAUAUUGACAAUUAAAUCUAAGUUUAAACCUGGUGAACGUCAGAAAUUCGUGUUAGAAAAUGAAGAGUUGAAGUUUUUGAGAGAGAAAUGUUCUUCAAAAGACAACAUGGUGAGCCUGACCGCCUGCCAAGGCUUACUGGCAUUGGUGGAGUUAGGAGUAUUGGAAAUUGCACACACAAUGUCGACCGUAGUAACGCUUAUCCCGAGCACACACAACUACUCAGCAAUAAUAUCAACAAUGGCCGGGCUGCUCAUAUUGGAUCUGAAGUCUCGGCUCAUUCCUGGCCAGCCAUACAAAUGCCAGUUUUCAAUGCGUUCCCCUCAACACCCCUUCAUCACUAUACUUCAGAAGAACAAAGAUAUAGAAGACAAUGUUAUAGCACAGAUGCAUGCUCUGUGUACACAUCCUGAAUAUAUUGUUGCAUCAAACAGUCUGGAGCUCCUUCGGCCGGUGUUUCUCUGGCUGACAUGCAGUCCUCAAGCCAGCAACAGCAUCAAACCUUGGCAAUUACUGAUCAGUCUACCAGAAUCGGCCGCUCAAAUCAACCUCUUAGUGGCCUGCCUUAGUUGUCAACAGAUACGUGAUGCGCCGUCCUGUGAGCGAUCGUUCAGUGUAUAUCGCUGUGUGAGUGAGGGGCUGCGGUCCCGGCCGGAGCUGGGAGCCGCUCUGUUGGCCGUUAUUGCGCGCACCAGCGGUGAGCUGAUGAUACACGGUAUGGACCCUCGACCUUGUUAUUCUCUCGUGGAGCGUGUGCUGAGCGAGGGCGGGCGGUCGGCGGUCGCGGGGCUUGUGAUCAUGAUGCUGGGCGGAAAUCUGGUUCACACAUCCGCCCUGUAUCUACAUGAGUUGUUCCAUUUAUGCUUGAACAUAAUCACCAAAUACGAGUUCUCGACUCUGUGUCUGAACUCAUUCGUAGCUCUGUCGCUGCAGUGGCUCCACCUACCGUCGUAUUUGACCAACAACGCUCUCAAAGUGUCAUCGAAAAUAUUGGAAAUCCAUCAAAGCAUGAAUCGUCCGGACUCGGGGCUGUUCAUGGCGAAUAUGAAAAACAACGCUGUCUUCCAAGAGAUGGUCCACGUGGACCGGAAGCUGUACAUACAUUACAAACUGCUGGACACCUGGGAACGACUGAGAGACGAGCCUGACAGGCUGAGCAAGUGGUUCGACGGUCUGAUGCGGUGCGAUGACCGCCUCAAGGUCGAGCUGAUGCCCUUCAUCGCCGGCCUGGCUCUGGACGGGACGGGAGACGAGCGCCUGGUGCUGGCGGCGCUCCAGGGCCUCAUACAACUCGUGGGCUUCAAGAAGGAAGUGUCCGUCACACUACUGCCCAUACUGUUGUACAAAAUAGCCAACGACCCCCGAGCCAAGGUCAAGCUGGAGUGCCUGAGAGGUCUACCGCUAAUGGCUACCACCAAGGAGAACGUCCCAGCGCUGGUGUCGAUCUUCAACAAGCUGAAGAACAGGAAAGGAGUCCCGACCUCGCAGCUCAUCAUGAUGUACACCAGCCUGGCCGAGACCCAGGUGCGCUGCUUCCCUUACUUACAAGAGUUGUUGUCGGACUCGUCGCUGCACCCGCACGACCUCAAGUGGGAGGUGGACAUCGCCAAGGCGCUGGCCGUGCGGCGGAUCUGUGAGAUCCGGCCGUCCAGUCACGGUCUGGAGUUGGUUCCCGUGGUGUCGUCGCUCCUGAACCGCUGGGAGCGUUCCAGCGCGGGGCCGGUGUCGCUCGCGUUGGAGGCGCUCCGGCACCUGUGGCAAGGGGCGGCGGUGGCGCCCCCCGGCACGUGGCGCGCGCUCCAGCCGCGACUGGCCAAGGAUAACAGGAUACAAGUUCAGAUCAGCCUGUGUAAUCUGCUGGCGGAGGCGCCCGCUCUGCGCGUGUCGUCCGCGGAGUACGGCGAGCUGCUGCAGCAGACGGCCGCUCGUCUUUGGCUCUUCAUAUCCGACUCGGACCAGCCGGCCGUGAUCGGGGCGGCGUGUCGCGCGCUCGCCGGCUAUAAGAUAGAAGAUUACACGCUCAAGGACAUCCCCGAGGUUUAUCGGCGCACGGUGAAGCUGCCUCCGUCGUAUUGCAAGACGCCUUCAGACGCCGCGAGGAAGCCCGAAGACGUCCUGGACUAUUUGCCAUGUGAAGUCUGGCCGGAGGUGUUUAAAUACACGAACCAAUCGGCUCUACACUGUGUACAACACCUGGUGUCCAAGUUGAUAGGGCGGGAGAUUCGAGGGUACCGCAGCGGGGUCUAUCACGAGCGGGAGGGGGGCAAGGAGGGGGCGGGCCUCAGUGUCAGCAGCGUAUUGAGAGGGGUCGUGGAGGGACUUAGGAAACAGAUGGUGAGCCCGACGUACGAUUACUCGGACGCCGUCCUCCUGGCGAUGUUGGAGACCUUGUCCUCGGAGUUUCCUAAGCCCCUGCCGCCAUUCGACCUCACGUUCCUUCACGAGGGUCUGCACCGCGGGGCUCCGAUGCGGGCUCGCGUCGUCAAAUUGGCCGCCCGUCAAGCCAGUACCGCAGUGUCAGCCAAAAGACUGAUUGAAAACUUCCUAUCUGCAAUCGACCCUGGGAAUUGUGAGGAAUCAGACAUUUUAUUGUUCUUCGAAUAUCUUCCUAUCUUGUGUCGCACGAUGCCCCCGAACCAUCUCCGGCCUCCGCUCGAGAGAUGUCUGAGCGACUCUUUCUCGAGGGUCAGGGUCAAAGGUCAGGAGGAGACGUUCAUAAAGCAGUUGAACUACAUCAAGGAGUGCCUCGACUGCGACAAGAUCCACGACGCCAACAGGACCCUGCUGUCACAGCUGGUCGAGAGCUACUUCACUGUUAUAGAUGAGGACCACGUGGCGUGGUCCGCGUACCUGGCGGCGUGCUCGUCGCUGGUGGUGAGCUCGGUGGAGCGCAUGUCGUCUCCGAGCUCGUGGUGGGAGGUGUCGGGCGCGCUGCUGAGGAAGGCCAGCGUGCUCCGCGCGAGGUUGGCCGCCAACAGACUCGUCUGGAUCAACGAGAUCGUGGACACCGCCGCGGGCCACGUCACGGAGCAGGAGUUCACGUUGCGAUGUUUCCUACCCGCGCUACAGGCUACGGACGUCGAUGCGACAAACACCCGCGAGUGGUUCCUGCAAUUGAUGGCUCGCACUCAGGUCGCCUUCAAAGAGACGGAGGAGGAGUCAGCCAGGUUAUACCUGUGCGACGUGUUCUUCCUGAGCGUGGUAGUGUUCAGUGGUCUGUGGACCCUGGAGGCGGACGGCGAGGCGCUGGUCGCCGACAGGGACGCCAGGCUGGGGCUCGCUCCCGCCGCCCUCGGCCUGCUCGUGGACAGGGACGGCUGGACGGACUACACCGCACAGUUGUUGGAGUGGUUGUGCCACACGCGCUCCGCGACCCGCCACGCCGGCGUGUCCCGCUGCUGCAGGCGCUCCGUGCUCGCCCUGAGGCACACGAGAGCCUUCCACGAGCACGCGGUCUUGAUGAAGCUAUGGAACGACGUACAGGCCGAGUAGCGUGUGUGUGUGUGUGUGUGUGUCACACCGCAGCCUGGCAACAUUUACACCGCUUUCCAAACAUCACACUAAUGCAGACAGGGCAUUUUAAAAGCCAUGUUCAAUAAUUCUAAGCGUGUGAUCUCACACGACAUACAUAAUAAUGCGAAUAAACACACAUCAAUAUAUAUAUAUGGCUGUUUUGUAUGUUUUAGAGGAAUAUAAACAACAACUAAUAUCAUUAUAACUUUUUACUUCAACAGAGAGCAAAAUUUUGACAAGCUCGAUGUUUGCUGCGAAGAUUGAGAUUAGGCGUCGGUGCACCUCCCGAGUGAGGGCAGGCGGCCGCCGGCCCGGGACCGGCCGUACUGAAUGUACCGCAGAUUGUUUAUCAAAUAAAUGAUUAUGUACUGGAGUUGUGAUAA